AUGAUCGCCAACGGUGUCGACACGUUUUACGCUGAUCCAACUGCUGCGGUCUUCGUUUCAGACAGCACCAAUACCCUCGCCGCGCAACCCGCAGCAUACUCGAAUAUCGACGCGAAGAGAGCAUCACACAUCGCCGUUUUGCGGCGCGGCGAGGGAAAACUUCCCGAACUUUGGGAUGAUAUGCGCGUCUCGAACGAAUUCAGCAGUGACGUGGCGGCGGGUGAGCUGGAGGAUAUUAUUCUCCGCGCCGCUUCGUCGUCAGCCGUUCCGAAUGUAACCUUGCCAUGGUCGCUCGAUGCCGUGGUUCCCGCCGCGACCACCGCAACCACAGCUGGUUGGACUAGCGGAAUCUCGUAUUACACAGCCCAAGCUGACGCAGGGACACUGCCGCAAGACGCGCCGCAAAACACGGCGCUGCAUAACACGGCGCCGCAGCAGUUUCACCAGGAGUGGUCGAAUGGCGGCGCAUGGACGAACAGCGGACGCGGCGAGUAUCAGUUGGGAAACGCGGCUGGGUGGGCUCCCCCUGAUUUCCAGGGAAUCAGCCGACAAAACGCCAGCACUGCAAGUACGAUCGCUGACACGGUAAUCAAUGAACGCACGGACGAUGAUUUCGCAACCGGCGGCGACGGGAUGCCGCAGCUUUGGUCACAGGGUGCCGGCGGAACCGCCGCAACCGCCGCCGCCGUCGGUAUUAGUAGUAGUCGCGCCGCGAGACACGACGGCGGCGGCGGCUUCAGUCCCAGCCACCUCCCCGCCAUUCUUCGCUCCCUCGCGGCGCAUCAGCAGGCCGUUGAGGCGCUCGCGCCGCUCGUUGCCGAGCCGCAGCGCCAGGCUGGUGAGUGGGAUGGGCGCACGGGGGAAGCCGCCGCCAGCGCCGCCGCCGAAUGGCGCAGUUCCGCCAGCAUGGCCGCGGCGGCGGCGGCGGUGCCGCAAGCGCCGGGGUUUCUUCCGGCGGAAGGCGUUUUCCCCCCGCUUCCCCUCACGCGGCCCGCUCCCGCAGCUUUGUUCCAGCGCUCCCCCCGCUCCGCCGCGCUCGCCGCCGCUUUCCCCGCCACCUCCUCUUCCGCCUCGUCCGCGCACCUUGCUGCAUCCGUCGCCGCGUCACUCGCCGGGGAGCGCCUCGCCUUGGUAGCACAAGAGGGCUUCACAGGAGGCGGGAUGAGUUUCGAGUUGUCUCAGGAGCAACAACAAUCCCAGACACUACUAAAACACGGUUUGGCAGGAGGCGGGAGGAGUUUUGAGACGUCUCAAGAGCAGCAACGACCGCAAGCAUUACCAGGAGGCGGUUUGGCAGGUGGCGGGAUAGUGUCUAAAACGAGCGCGGCAGAGGGGACGGCGGAACCUGCAGCGGCGCAGAGUCCACAGAACCCGAGCGCCAUUGACGCUCUGGCCUCCAUGAUCCUGGUUGCUGCGGCAGCGGCGGGCGGGCAAGGGGGGGGAUUCGCGGGUCCGCCGCAGGGGGGAGUGGGCGGUGGUACCAGCGUUGGCGCUGGUGGUGGUUCCAGCGCUGACGGUGGUGGUGGUGGAAUGGAUGGUGGUGAUGCAACUGGGGGAAUAUGGGGGGCAAUGGGGGGAGGAACAGGUGGGGGAAUGGGCGGGGGGAUGGUUGGGGGAGUGGGAGGUGAGGUUGACGAGUGGCACAAUACUGAUGCGGUGGGUAAGGGGGAAGCAGGUGUAGGUUGGCAUGGCUACGGGGAUGGUGCUUCUGUGGAGGGGUUUGAAGAUGGGGAAGGUGUGGAGGGAACGCGGAUUCUAGGAAGGGUGUCUGGCGCAUGUCUUGCUGCCAGGAAGCGGAGGGAGCGCAUAGCGAGUCAGAUGCGCACGCUGCAGCGGCUGGUGCCGGGCAGCAGUCGAGUGGACACCGUCUCUGUUCUCUCCGACACCAUCCGCUUCCUCUGCAGCCUCAUUCACCAGAUUCAGUCGCUAGGAGCAGAGCCGGAGGGGUAUUCCACAACAGAGGCGGUGGAAGCAGCAGCAGCAGAGGUGCAAAAGCUGAUUCGAGACGGCGUGAUAGCAAGCCCCCGUCCUCCAGCCACUCAGAGAGGCCCUCAUGAAGAUGCUGAUGCCGAAGCUGAUGCUGAUGGUACCAAGGAUGGCGAUGGAGGGGAGCGAGAUGGUGACAUGGAGAAGGGUUCUUGGUCCCUCCUCCACAAGAAUGCCUAG